AUGAUGCUAGGCGUGGUGGUGGAGGUUAUGGCCAAGGAGGAACAAAUCGCCAUGGAAGAGGUGGAGGAGGAGGUGUCUACGGAGGUUAACACCGCCGUCUCCGGUAUGAAACCAAUGUCUCCGCCUGCAGAAUCAGAUGCCUCUGCCGAUUUCCUCGAUAACGAUAGACUACAAGAAACUCUCUCCAGUGGAGAACUUGAUUUCGAUGAUUGGACUUUGUUAAUCUCCGAAAUAGAGACUUCGUUCCCAGAUGAUAUUGAGAAGCUAGGUUUAGUUUACGAUGCUUUCCUGUUGGAGUUUCCAUUGUGCCAUGGCUAUUGGAGGAAAUAUUCAUACCAUAAGAUAAAGUUAAGCACUUUAGAAGAUGCUGUUGAAGUUUUCGAACGAGCAGUACAAGCAGCUACUUAUUCUCUACCUCUAUGGCUCGACUAUUGCGGUUUCGGUGUUGCUGCGUUUGAGGAUCCUCAUGAUGUUAGUAGAUUAUUUGAGAGGGGGCUUUCAUUUGUUGGAAAAGAUUAUUCUUGCUGCGCUCUAUGGGACAAAUAUAUAGAGUUUCUUUUGGGUCAGAAGCAAUGGAGUUCACUGGCUCAUGUGUAUCUCCGGACCCUGAGAUAUCCAUCCAAGAAGCUGCAUUUCUAUUACAAGAACUUCAGGAAGGUUGCAGCUUCUUUGAAAGAGAAGGUUAGUUGCAGAAUAGAUGUUAACGGAGACCUUUCUUCAGACCACAUGGAAGAAGAUUUGAUCCCUACACGUCACACUGAUGAGGAGAUCUCUGUUGUUAUAAGAGACUUGAUGGGUCCUUCCUCCAGCUCGGCUGUGUCAAAAGCACUGCAUGCGUAUCUGUCAAUUGGAGAACAGUUCUAUCAAGAUUCACAGGAGUUGAUGGAAAAAAUAAGUUGCUUUGAGACGCAUAUCCGCAGGCCCUAUUUUCAUGUAAAGCCGUUGGAUACUGAUCAGCUGGACAAUUGGCAUGCGUAUUUGAGCUUUGCUGAAACAUAUGGGGACUUUGAUUGGGCAAUUAAGCUUUACGAGAGAUGCUUAAUACCAUGUGCUAAUUACACUGAGUUCUGGCUCCGAUAUGUGGAUUUUGUUGAGAGCAAGGGUGGAAGGGAGCUAGCAAACUUUGCGUUGGCUCGAGCAUCCCAAACUUUUGUCAAGGAUGCAUCUGUUAUCCAUCUAUUCAAUGCAAGAUUCAAGGAACACGUUGGAGAUGCAUCUGCUGCUUCUGUUGCUCUGUCUAGAUGUGGCGAGGAACUUGGUUUUGGUUUCGUUGAAAAUGUAACCAAGAAGGCUAACAUGGAAAAGCGUCUGGGUAACUUUGAAGUGGCUGUUACUACAUACAAAGAGGCUCUGAAGAGAACACUCAUUGGAAAAGAAAACUUAGAAACCACCGCACUGUUGUAUGUCCAAUUUUCUCGUCUCAAGUACAUGAUAACAAACAGUGCUGAUGAGGCAGCUCAGAUUCUGAUAGAGGGCAAUGAGAAAGUUCCUCACUGCAAAUUACUUCUUGAGGAGCUUAUAAGACUCUUGAUGAUGCAUGGAGGGUCUCGACAAGUGGAUUUGUUAGAUCCUAUCAUAGAUAAGGAAAUAUCUCACCAGGCAGAUUCCUCCGAAGUUCUGAGCGCAGAGGAUAAAGAGGACGUAUCAAAUUUAUACAUGGAGUUUAUUGACCUCUGUGGAACCAUCCAUGAUGUGAGGAAAGCUUUAGGACGACACAUAAAAUUAUUCCCACAUUCCGCUAGAGCCAAGUCACAUGGGCCUCGUCCUUUAGGGAAAUCAUUCAGAGAGUUGAUUAAGAGAAGAGAGAAGGCUCGUGUGUGCUUGAAUGAGGACAUAUCAAUGGACAAAGGCAUUGGCAGCACCGUUGUUUCGCCACCGGAAGAAAAGAAAGAGUCACCUCUAGACUCUGAUGGUGCCGUUCGUUCUCACUGUUCAACCAGUGAAGGAAACAAUAAUGAUGCAGAGAGGAAGAAUCUAUGUGACUCACAGAGUGAUCUGUCCUGUGGUGCACGCUCUCGUGAAGUAAGCCUACCGAUCCAAGCCACGGAAAAACAUGGUUUUGUCGCUAAACAAGCUCACUUCUCGUCAAGUUUAGCAGAUACUGUGAAAUCUGAUGCUAUAGAGAUCCAACCUAGUGGCUCAAGAAGUCCCAAUAGUUACCAAAGCCAAGAGUCUCUCAGGCAAGCUGGUCGUAACAGGAAUUAUAGAAGAGAUUUCAACCAGAGUCAUAGAGAUUCGAGACCUCGCUCACACGAGAGACCUUCCCGAAUGUCACAUUCUCCAGCAGGAACCGGGCGGGGGAUGUUUGGUCAGCAGAUGGUUGUUGCCCUACAAAGCUCAGUCUCACAUAAUCCGCAAAACCAGAGUCAGUCUCAGUACACUGCAUCUCAGAUGCAUCCCAUGGCUCAAACAUCCAAUGCUUAUCAUCCUCAAACCCAGAGUCUUGUUCAGCACAUGAAUGUAGCUUCUUCAGACAAUCCAGCAACAGUUCAAAGCUCAAUCUCACAAAUGCCACAGAACCAAUAUCAAGACUCUGCAUCUCAUGUUCAAACAUCAUUUGCUUAUCCUUAUCCUCAGGCUCAGAUUCCUCAGAAUACAGUCCAAAGUAAUGACCAACAACAAGGUCAGAUGCAGAGCAAUGAAGCUUAUAACCAGAUGUGGCAACAGUAUUACUAUUACAAUUACUACUACCAGCAGCAACAACAGCAACAGCUUCUGUCUGAACAACCACAACUGAAUCAGAACACUCAGCCAAAACUAGAUCAAAAUCUUGCUCAACUUCUCUCCAACCAAUACCAAUCCCAAACCGGCACUCAGUAUCCACAAGUCAAUACACAGCAGCAACAGAGCCAAGAACCAACAAAUCAGCAGCAAAUUCAGUUCCAGCAACAACAACAACAACAAGAGUGGUUUCAACAGCAGCAACAAUGGCAACAACAGCAACAGCAACAGAAUCUUCUCUACUUUCAGCAACAGCAGCUACAAGGAGAAGCAAAGAUUGACGAACAGAGACCAUCAGUGCCACAAGUCUACACAAACGAAAGUGAUAUUCAAAAGAGUCGAGAAUCUGGAGGAAAUGAAGUUGAUCACUCUUCUGACACCUCAAUUAGUUCUAUAUGA